AUGGAGGCUACAAAAGCACUUCUUCGUCACAGUCUCCGUAAAAAAUUGGACGCAGCGUUGGAGUCUGAAAGCUAUCUUUUGAUCCAACAUUGGUGUUCAAUUGAGUGUCAGGAAGCAAUAAAACUUUACUUGGAUGAAAAAUUCAUGCCACGUGGAAGAGCCAGUUUCCCAACUUCAGCUUCAAGAUAA